GCUGCUGAUUCCUCCGGCUCACGACACCAGUGCUCCUUCAGUCUGGUUGAAGCAGUCCAGUCUGGGAUUCCUUCAGCGCUGGUUCGGGGAGGCGCAUCUGGACCGCGGAGAGCGUCCCGGAACAAUUACGCGUGGCUGUACCUGAGCCCCUGCCCCCACACAGGGAAUAACCGCACCGGCUGAGGACACUCUGCCUUUUUUAAAUUGUUGGCAGAAUGGCGGGCGCGAAGUGCCUUCUGAAAACACCGAGUAACUUCCAGUCGUCUGCCAUGUUUGAAGGCUCUGAGUCUGCUGAGGUGGAGGGAGGCAGCACCGACAGCACCGUGGCCUCGUCCAUCAGCGCCUGCAAGAAGGUGUUGUGCAGUAACAGCGUGCUGGACUCGUCCGACUACUGGCUGAGGAACGAGAAGACUCUGUGUAGACUGGGCCUGCUCGACGAUGAUGCCGAGGGAGGCUGCACCAUGAUCUGUUUUGUAAAUCUCGACCCUCAGAAAACGGACUGUCGUGAUGACAAAAACAUGAAGAAACUGGCAUCCGUGUCCCCAGAUCUGCCAAAGCUCAUUGAAUUACUUACCGUCCACCAGCAGAAGGAAAAUGAGAUUCUGCUGUUUGGCGGCCUAGAAGCUUCAGACGCCUGCCAAACACCCCCACACCCCCCCUCGCAGGGCCGGCAUCAGAGAAGCACGGGCGUGUGCCUGGUUCAGUGUUCGGGGCAGAGACGAUGCACCAAACCCGGAGGCAUCAUCUUCGAGAUCAACAAGUUCCUGAUCGGUUUGCAGUGGGGAAAAGAGCGGCAGCACCAGCACGGCCGAGCGGCAAGGCAGCGGGUUGAAGACGACACCAAUCGCUCCAUCUCAUCCAUAGAGGAAGACUUCACGACCGCUUCAGAACACCUGGGAGAUGACAGCGAGGAUGAUGGCUUCAGAAAUGAGCCCGAGAGUGGUGAUCUGGCAGAGAGCUUGGUGGAAGUUGCACAGAAACACUGUGUCAGACUUGCGUUUCAGAGGGGACAGCUGGCCCGUCACCAGGGCAAGGAGGACACUGAGGGGCAAAGGGAAGGGCAUCAACUUGCAACUUGUCUCCAUGCCAAGGAAUCAGCUGGUCACUACGCUACCAAUCUGGCCGAGUCAGUAUUGCAAGAUGCCUUCAUACGCCUCUCUCAAGAUGAAACCUCCUUUGUCUCGGAGGCUGCUGUCAGCGUGUCUCUUGCAAGUCAGCCGUCCAACUUCACUGGUCCUUCGAAGGCAAAAGAGACUUCCCAACAACGCACCUGCUCUUUUGAACUCCCCAAGAUUGUUAUAGUUCAAAGCCCAGACAAUUCUGAUGGGUCUGCAGAAUGGCCAGAGACACAGGUGUCCCAUGCGCCCAACCAGGAUAUCACAGCUACAGCCAGAGAGACGACAGAAAAUGGGACACAGGUCCAUAUUCCACCACACAACAAUGGAGGACACGCCUCCAAACAUGUCGGGCUGGCUUUGGCCUGUGCUGCCAGUGUCAUUGGCACCAUUACUACCCCACAGUUGACAGAGCAGCUCGCCAUGCACUCUGCUUCGGAAAGAGACACAGAGGAGGCACUGCAGGACCCAGAGAAGAGAGGUGACUACUCCGUCCCCUCAGCCAUGUGUGGCAUGGCUCAGGUAGCUGGCGCUGUAGCAGCUGUGGAGAUAGCAGAGGAGUCAGGGGAGGGCUGUGUUUCUGAUGCAGAUUCCACUGAAAUCUUCACAGCAUCCCGGGGUCUGAUGUCUGUCGCCGAGGCCACUGCAGCCUUCACAUUGCACUGCAGUGUGGCAGGGGGUACCAGUGUUGAAGCGUUUCGUGCUAACAUUGCUGAGGUUCUGCACAGGGAAGCUGCGGAGGUGCUGACUCAACCACAAGGAUACAAAAGUGUAGCUCACUUGCUGGAGGCCACACAUAACAAGAUAGUAGAUGGCAUUACUUGUCCACAAAAAUCCUGCAUGGAUGAAAGGGAGGUGGAUGACUUAAUAAAUGAAGUUGCAGACAGCCUAUUUAAGCAUGCAAUAGAGAAAGCAAAGAAAAAGAAAGAGCUGGAGGGGACUGGAAAAGAUGCACCAAGCCUCCAGGUUUGUCUGCAGGACAGUGUCAACAACUUGCUGUUUGAUAUCCUUUGCCUGACACAGAAGAAAAUCAGUCACGUCUCUGAAAGCAACCAAGGAUCAUUUGACACACAAGAGUGGGAUACAUGUGUUAGGGAGCCUCCAUCUACGAAGGAUAACAAGGAUGUGUUAAGUCAAUUUCAGUGCUUUUCUCAGCUUAACCAAUACUCUAACAGCGACAACCACAGUGGCACACUGCACUGCACAGACAAGCCUACCAUGGUUUCUGGGCUUAAGGAAAAAUAUUUGUCUGAGGAAACGGAUACAUUGUCCUCCACAACAAACAACAAAGAGCAACAGUCACUGUGCAGACAAAGCCUGUUUAAAUCCACCUCCUUGCCUGCCCAUGACUACCAGCCGGGCAACGGUGCCAUAAGAGAACCUUGGAGUGAAAUCCCAUUGUACAACACAGAGAGGAGGGGGCGACUGGUCACAGGAAGGGAUAGCAGACAGGCCUCCCUCACCCCGCAGUCCUCCCUCAACUCUUGCAGCUCUCUGUUGUCCUUUAGAAUGGACUCAGAAUGCAGGACACCUAUUACCUGCUAUGCUGAUGAUUUGGCUGCUACAGUGGUGUCUAUGGCCACAGAAUUAGCGGCCAUCUGCCUGGAGAACUCUACUGGCAAACAACCCUGGUUCUGUGCGUUAAACGGGUUGUCUCCUGAAGGGCCAGAAGCCUACCUGAUUCCUGCUUGUCGCACAGUGCUCAGGAGGAAAGAGGGUCAGAGCAGCAAUGCCACUUCCAAGAAACACCGGGCACCACGCCUCAGUGAGAUCAAAAGGAAAACAGAGGAGCAGCCAGAACUAAUGGAGCGGCUUGUGAACCGAGUGGUGGACGAGUCAGUCAACCUUGAUGAACCACAGGACCCAUUUGCCCUCUUUGCCUCAGAAGUCACAGCUAGGAUCAUGAACUGCCCUGAACUUAACGUGGUAGAUACUUCCAAAUCAGGCCAGCCACGUAGCAGGCUGCAAUGUGAAAGGUGGAGCCGUGGGAAGGCAUCUAGUUAUGAGAGUAUACCAGAAGAAGACUCAGAUCCUUCAGGCACACCCAACAGACUGGGGCCUGGCAGUCGGUUAGGUCAGAACUUGAGUCGUGGUAGCUCAAUCUCAAAGCAGUCCAGCUGUGAGAGUAUCACAGAUGAGUUCUCACGGUUCAUGGUAAACCAGAUGGAGACUGAGGGCAGGGGCUUUGACCUUCUGUUGGACUACUACGCAGGGAAAAAUGCCAGCAGCAUUCUGUCGGCAGCCGUGCAACAAGCUGCAUCAAAGAAAAAUGGUCACCUUAAUAUCCGGGCCUCGUCCUGUUUGUCCAAGCAGUCGAGCACAGAGAGCAUCACAGAGGAGUUUUACAGGUUUAUGCUUCGGGACAUGGAUAAGGAGAACAGGGAGUAUGGCAUUGCCAAGACUAAAGAAUGGAGCAACAGCCUGUUUCCUCCUUCUGUUAGGACACCGUUCUGCAUACGACAAUCAUCUGUGCCAGACCGGCGCUCCUCAGACUCAAGGCUGACUGUCAACUCACCCAUUAAAGCAAACUCUUUUGAUGGAUUUGCCCGCAACAUGCAUGGAGACACGCUGAAUAUCUACCCCGCCAACUCUGUGUCAGCCAUGGGACUGUGUAAGUCAGACUCCUGCCUCUAUCAAAGGGGUAAGACUGACCAGAUUACUGAUAUGCUGAUUCAUGAGACCUGGUCGAGCUCGAUUGAGUCCUUGAUGAGAAAGAACAAAAUCAUUGCUGAUCCCGAAGACAGUAUUGAGCUGGAGGCUUCAGGUGACUCCCAGCCCCACGUGCAGGAGUUUGCCAAUCGCCUGGCAGCUGACAUAGUGGAUAUUGGAAAGUCUGCACUCGUAGGCCAGCAAGAUGCAGCUGGGAGCACGUCUGGGUCGCACCCACAGCCACAUAUGCCUGUUGGUGAAAGAAGAAGGGGGUUCAAACAAUCUCAUCUCAGUUGUGGUCGGAGUAGGUCCAGCCAGGACCAAGCUGGUACUGGAGUAGGAUCUGGGGCUAGUGACAUCAGCGCAACCCGCAUGAGGGGCCCCAGAGAUGUGCCACUGAUCCACAUUGAGGGAGAUCAUCGGGAAGAGGAGGCUCUCUCAAACCCUGAAAGGCUUCGACGUCAAGAAACCCCACCAGACCAGUCUACUGCCAAGCACACGGAGAGAGCUGCAGCCAUCAGCGGCAGCAGUGAGAGGGACAGGCCAGCUGCGGCGGUGUCUGCAGUAGUGAAGCGGGACAAGCGUUCAAUGAGUGCUAGCAGUGAAGAGAGCAUGGGCAGCUGGUCCCAUAUAACCCCAGAGGACGACCCCCACGAGGAGACCAGUAGUUUUAUCCAGCUGAGCGAGGGGACCGGGACCAGCAGCGCGUCCAGCCUAGGCCUGGCAGACCUGGAUACUUUUUCUGAUGUGCCCUCUCAGAGCACAGUGAUCAGCGAGCAGACGGAGAAAGGCCGCGUGGCAGGAACCAGGGAGACUGUAUUUGAGGGCGGAUCAGCGAAGGGGGCCGGCGGCGCUGGGAACCUCCGGGAGAUGCUGGUGAUUAACUGUGACCUCGAGCAGGAGGGCCUGGACUCUGAGCUGAGGGUGGCCCUGCAGUGGAUCGCUGCCUCGGAGCUCGGCCUUCCUGCGCUCUACUUCCUCAAGUCCAAAGAGAAGAGGGUCGCAAAGUUCCAGAGGGUGGUCCACCUCAUGUGUCAGAAGGCGUGGCGGGUCGCAGACCUGUUCAGUGCCGUGGUUCGCUUCUGUCAACUGCACGAGGAAGAGGAAGAGGAGGGCAGGUCUCUGUCCAGCCUUUUUGAUUGGCUGCUGGAGACCGUGUAGACCAGACGAGCUUCACCCGUUACUGCUCAAAAAACUCCCAAAUGCACACUCACACUUCCUGUCUGUCGCCCGACCCUGUGUCAACACACGUGUACGCGCCGCCUGCUGCGAGCUGAAAGCACAACGCGAACAGCAAACUUGAGAAUUUCACACUGUUCACUCUUUCCAUGGAUUUUUUUUAUUUUUCUCUGUUUGUCUUCAGCAAAUUGUCCACAGUGAAUGGACCAGUCUCCCUUUACUGUAGGUAAACCACGGGUUGGAGGUUCCUCUGGGGAAUGAAGUGUCCUUCAAGAGAUUAUAGUCGGCAGGUUUUAACUGCUCGAGAUCUAUAUAUAUAUAAAAUAUAUUUACAGAUUCUAACGACCAAAUUAAGUGUUUAUUUAUCUAUUCUGAAUGAACACAAGUGAAGCAGAGUACCAAUAGAAAAUAGGAAAAUCAGGUUCAGUUCUCCCCACAGCUCCUCACGCUCGAACCUUUUUAUUUCAAAACGUAAAAGA